CCUAGGUUCACAUAUGUGCGGGCCGCGUUUUGCACGGGCACGAGAGCACAUUCAUUUGAAUGGACUCCCGUGCCCGUGACACGCAGGGAAAGAAGUCCCUGCACUUCUUUAAAAAACACAGCCCGCACGGGAACCUCGGUUCCCAGUAUGGUUGCAUUUUCCAGUGCGGGUGGCAUGCCAUUAGAACUAAUGGCACCAGCGGGUCCACAUUCCUCUGUGCGGGUGGUGCGGCUGCACGGAUUUUCGCAGGGAUCCGCAGCGGCACCACCCGCACAGAUGUGAACCUA